AUGUGUGAGGGAGCAAAGAGGACGGCUAACAAAUGUGCGUACUUUACAGUAUGGGACGAAGAACUGUGCACCGAGCAUGUAAAAUGGUACCAAUUGCUCGACGAGCAAGUCUGCAGGGACCAAGGUGGCGGAGCAGAAUUUGACGGGGAGGAGAUAUUCACGAAUUGCGAUGGUGAGGAGAUGUGCGGUUAUGAAGUCGGAGUGGACAAAGUGCUGAUUGGAGCCCUAGUGCGACCUGCGACCACAGGCGAAAGUUGUGCCACGUACGUGCUGGAGGUAAACCUUCGACCAGCAGGGACGAGCCAACAGCGCGCACUGAAGUGUAAGGGUUACAAGUGGGCUGAACGCCAAUCAUCAGCGAGCAUGUGCAUGCUGAGCAAGUGGACAAAGACAAAUGUCUGGCACGCGUUGGACAGAUGCAAAGGUAAGGCGUACAAUUGGCAGGGAGAAAGUGUGCUAGUAGCCAAUCUGUGCCGAGUGAGUCGAUUCGGCAUCGAUCGAUUGUCGUUUCAGCGUCCCGUCCUGGAACUGUAA